UACAAACAGGGAAAGAGGUCCACUGUGAAAGCGGAAGUCCUGGUGUGUGUAGUUCAUCUACAGACAGUAGAGGGAGAACGAGAUUAAGAGAAAUGGCGCCUUGGUACUCCACUCGCUAAAACAACAUAAAGAGGACAAAUAAAAACAUGGUGAAUACCCGGAGGAGCUCCCUGCCAUUGUCGCACAGUACCAACCAUUACAUCUCAUCCAGGACCAGGUCAUCUGUCAGGAACACAACCAGUUUGGAGGAACACAAUCAUAAAGACCCGGAUAGUGAUGGUAGUUCCAGUGGUGCCCGCUUGUCACCUCCGUCGAAACGCAUCCGCAGGCACACCGACACAGUAUCCAGUGACAAUUCACCCAACCUCCGAUCCAAAGUGCAGGGGGAGGAGUGGAAUAUCCACACGCGACAAUCCAGGUUAUCUGGCGGUGCAGGAGCUUCAUUACAAAAUGGACACUGCAGCUUAUCUCGUACAAGUCAUCCACGGAGGGGUGAGGGCAGCGGGGAUGCAGACCACUCGCAUAUCAAUGGUGUUCUGGAGGUCGGGAGAAGCCGUCCAUCCAAGAGGAACAGAUUUGAUACCUUGAAUCAGAGCAUGCUGUUUGACCGGCUUGUGAACAGUACUGCAGAGGCUGUGCUUCAGGAAAUGGACAACAUCAGCAGCAUCCGACAGAACAGAGAGGUGGAACGACUUCGCAUGUGGACCGACACAGAGCUUGAGAACAUGGACAUGUAUUCAAGGGUUAAACGGAGGAGGAAGUCACUAAGGAGGAGCACCUCUGGAAUCCAGCCUCAUCACGAAGUAAUGAGUGAAGCUGAGGGAGACGAGGGAGGCACAGAAGAGUCUCAUGAUGAGGAGGAAGACGAUGAAGAAGGCGAUGAAGCGGAAGAGGCUGAAGAGGAGAAUGACCGACCCUACAAUCUGAGACAGCGCAAGACUGUGCAGAGAUACCAAGCACCACCCAUAGAGCCGGCCAGUCGGAAACAGAGACAGAACACUUUGUUUGAUACCCACAGAUCUCCUGCAAGAAGAAGCCAUAUACGGGUAAAGAAGCAUGCUAUUCACAGCAGCGACACAACGUCCUCGUCGGAUGAAGAGCGCUUUGAGAUAAGGAAAUCCAAAAGCAUGACAAGAGCACGCAACAGGUGCCUCCCUAUGAACUUGAGACCAGAACACUUGGCAAGUGGGGUCCUGCGAGAUCGGGUGAAAGUAGGGGCCAGUUUAGCUGAUGUAGAUCCUAUGAGUGUGGACUCCUCAGUUCGGUUUGACAGUGUCGGAGGCCUGGCCCAUCAUAUUCAAGCACUGAAGGAGAUGGUGGUUUUUCCUCUGCUGUAUCCUGAAGUAUUUGAGAGGUUUAAGAUUCAGCCUCCAAGAGGCUGUUUGUUCUACGGCCCUCCUGGCACAGGGAAGACGUUGGUUGCUCGAGCCCUCGCCAACGAGUGCAGUCAGGGGGACCGGAAGGUGGCAUUCUUUAUGAGAAAAGGAGCCGACUGUUUAAGCAAAUGGGUGGGCGAAUCGGAACGACAGCUCAGGCUUCUGUUUGAUCAGGCUUAUUUAAUGCGUCCAUCUAUUAUCUUUUUUGAUGAAAUUGAUGGGUUGGCACCUGUUCGAUCCAGCAGACAAGAUCAAAUUCACAGCUCCAUUGUUUCAACACUGCUAGCUCUGAUGGAUGGCCUGGAUAACAGAGGGGAAAUAGUUAUAAUUGGUGCUACAAACAGACUUGAUUCUAUUGACCCUGCACUCAGGAGACCCGGGCGCUUCGACAGAGAGUUUCUUUUCAACUUGCCUGAUAAAAAGGCCCGAAAGCACGUUUUACAAAUUCAUACCAGGGACUGGAACCCUAAAUUAGCUGAUGCCUUCCUGGUGGAGCUGGCUGAAAAAUGUGUUGGCUACUGUGGAGCUGACAUCAAAGCACUUUGCACUGAGGCUGCCUUGGUUGCCCUUCGCCGGCGCUAUCCCCAAAUUUACGCCAGUAGUCAGAAGUUGCAGCUUGACGUCUCCUCUAUCGUUCUCGGUCCGCAGGAUUUUUACUAUGCCAUGAGGAGCAUUGUGCCUGCGUCGCAGCGGGCCAUGGUGCCCCCGGGGAAAGCACUCUCCUCUGUCAUCAGGCCUCUGCUGCAGAGCACCUUCAGUGGAAUCCUGGCCACUUUGCACAAGGUGUUCCCCCACGCAGAGCUCUCACUGGGCGACAAGAAAGAAGAUAUUAUCAGCGAGCUCUUGGAAGAUGACAUUUACAUCGAUGAUGACAAUGAUGGUGCUCCCUCUAUUUUUGAUGCUCAUUCGCACUCCGGCUCUCCAAAGAAACAACAGCCUUCAGCAACUGCACAUAAACCCUUCCUUCAUUUCACAAUGUCAGCCUAUCGCCAGCCAACUUCCUACCGACCUCGUCUGCUUGUGGCUGGAGACAGGGGCUCCGGUCAGAGCACGCACCUCGCUCCAGCCAUCCUGCACAGCCUGGAGAAGUUCUCCAUGCACAGACUAGAUUUACCCACACUGUACUCUGUCAGUGCCAAAACCCCGGAGGAGUCCUGUGCACAGGUGUUCCGCGAGGCGCGGAGGACCGUCCCGAGCGUGGUCUACAUGCCCCAGAUUAGCGAGUGGUGGGAGGCCAUCAGUGACACGGUGAGAACGACGUUCCUGACCUUGCUUCAGGACAUCCCAUCCUUCUCGCCAGUCCUGAUUCUGGCUACCUCGGAAAUCGCUUACAGGGAGCUGUCGGAGGAGGUGAAAUGCAUCUUCAGGAAGAGGUAUGGCGAAGUAGUCAGUCUGAAGAGACCAAGCGAGGAUGACAGAAGAAGCUUCUUUGAAGACUUGAUUGUUGUACAAGCAGCCAGACCUCCAGUACAAAGGAAAAAAGCAGCCCUUCUUUCCCUGGAGGUGCUUGCUCCUGCUGUGCCCCCCCCUCCCCGCCAGCUCUCCGAGGAGGAACAGAAGAGGCUGGAGGACCAGGAGGAGACCACACUGAGGGAACUGCGGCUCUUUCUCAGGGACGUGACCAAACGGCUGGCCAACGACAAGCGCUUUAACAUCUUUGCCAAACCUGUGGAUGUUGAGGAGGUUUCGGAUUACCUUGAAGUUAUUAAACAACCCAUGGAUUUGUCAAAAAUCAUGACCAAAAUCGAUACGCACAAAUACUUCACUGGGAUGGAGUUUCUAGCAGAUAUUGACCUAAUCUCCGGCAAUGCUCUAGAGUACAAUCCGGACAAAGACCCAGGAGAUAAAAUAAUCCGGCAUAGAGCUUGUACUCUGAAGGACACCGCGCAUGCAAUGUUUGCAGCUGAGCUGGAUCCAGAGUUUAAUCGAAUGUGUGACGAGAUCAAGGAAUCGAGGAACAAGAGGGGCUUCCAGAUGACAGCAGAACCAACGGAUCCUUUUGGCUCCGUGUCCAGAAGAAUGGGAACUGGUGAAGAGGCAGCUCGGGGUACACAAGGAAAUGGAACUGAAGGCUGUUCAAAUAAGUGCAAUCACAUCAAGCGAAAGGUGAGGCGGCGGCCGCAGUGGGGCCGGGGCAUCAUCCGGAGGAAGAAGCAUUACCUGAAGAAGAAGGGGGAGGAGGAGGAGGGGGAGCUGGGGGGAGAGGACAGCGAGCUGGCUGAGUUUGGGGAAUUGGAUACCAGCACUGACUGCCUGGAUGACACGGUGGGAGAGGAGCCGGGUGACCACUCGCUCAGCCAUGACGAGUCCUCCUGUGAUGCCAUUAGGAUGAAGCAGGGGCUUCCUGCUGAAAACGGAACCGUCCUGCAGCAGAAUGGCCACCUGCCUUCCAUGGAGGAGGAGGAGGAAAGCGCCAAUGAGCCAAUGUUGCCCAGUGCCAAGGCAGAAAACCCAGCUAAAGAAACAAAACUGAGUGAAGCGCCACUUGUUUCCAGCCCUGUCCCUCCUAAAGGGGAGGACUGCAGGAACGGCGAUGAGUCCCUAGAUAGUUUGGACAGCGAAGCCAGUCAUAAGAGUGCUGAAGACAAGGAGGCCCUGACCCAGGGAGACACGCCUCAGGCAGGCGGGCCUGCAGGGGAUGGGUUGACGUCCCAUGGGUUGACGUCUGCCCCUGAAAGCCAAGACCAAGGGAAAAAAGGGAUGUCUGCUUCGACUGCCGAGGAGACCACAGCAUCCCAGCACACCUCGGAGUCUGAAAUGAAGGAAAUGGGACAAGAGAAGGAAGGUGUAUCCAAGAUGAAGUGCCAUACAACUCUUUCAGAACAGCUGAAGAAAAUAAACGUGGAAAAAAGCCCAGAAGAACCAACGGAACCCACUCCACCAGUCAUUGUGAACCGUCAACGAUUAGCGAGUCUCUUACAGCUGGUUACCAAGAAGAGUGAAAACUACACUGUUGAUCAGCUAGAGAGACUGUUCUCACUGCUGAGCCAGUGCAUCUAUCAGCACCGCAGGGACUACGACAAGACACAUCUUACAGAGGAUAUGGAAAGAACAGUUGAUACUUUUGAAACAUUCCUGUGAUUUGAUUUUAAAGACAAACAGGUUUAUCCUGACAGACUCGUUACUGAUAGAGAUCAGUGUUCUGAGCCAUUUCUUUCCUUCAACACAGAGCUUGUUUGGAGCCUCGGUCUUAAAAAAAAGCUCCCUCUCACUUUGUACUGGUGACUUUGGUGCUAUUGUCUCAGGAACCUGGAACCAAACACAGACCUGUAUCAAAGGUUAUCUCUUGUCAACAGACACAGACAGAGGCUGAUGAUGUUUGCAGAUUCUGGUGCUAUCGCUGCUCCUGGUUUCAAUAAUUAUAAGCAAGCAAGUACAGUCAAUAAAAAUAAAAAAUAAAAAUGUAUCUUGCCUGCCACUGGAAUAAUGGGAGCUAAUGGGGAGAUCAGUUAAAUCAGCCCUUAUGCUGCUCAAGCAAACUGUAAUAAUCUUUUCUAGCCACUGGCAGAAAUUACCAAAACUUAAAAAAAAUACAUUGAAAACAAUUUGUAAAUGUAAUUGCUGUGCCAUUUAUGAUGUUUCUACUUUCCAAACCUAAUUUGUAUUUUAGAAGUGCUCAGAACCACUCAUGUAGGUACAGCUAACCAGUACCCCCCGAAAUUAUUGUGUAUUAUUAAUUUAAGGAGAAUCCCUUUUUUUCCCUUUGAGCUAAGAUGAAACAAACAUAAGUUGUGCUGUAUUCUCUCUGCCUAGGUUAUAUUUGGAUUGUAUUGAGAAAGUUCAACAUUGAUUUCUCGAGGUUAGAGAUCGUAAACAUUUCAGACAAACUGAUGUUGCAAACCCAGUUGCAAAUGAGGAUAAACAUGUGUAGACUAUUUGAAGAUGAAUGUUGUAGUGAUUUUUGGCAGAUAGUGUACAAGAGCUAUCCAGUUUUAAAUGCUGUGAUGGCAGUGCAGCUACAGUACUGACUUCAAUCCAAAUAAAAUCUAACAACAGUGUUGAUAAGAGCCUAUUUUAAAAAACUGAGCCAGGAUUUUUUUUUUUUUUUUGGCCAGUCCCAGCUGGAAAAGGUGGCACAGUUUGCUUUCACGAUCAUGAAAUGUAACUUUCCUUUGGGUUUAUAAUGUUGUAUGUCCACUGUGUACAAACUGAACCCUGUUUGAGUGUUCCUUUGUGUCAUAACAAAUAGCUGAAAUAACUGGAUGCAGUUAACAGAUAUAAAGACUCACCUGUAGUUUGCACUGCCUAGCAUGUGCCUUAUUACUGUACCCAUAAUUAUAAUUAAAAAAAAAAAAAAAGUGAAACCUAAUUGUAAAGUGCUGCUACUGGUAGGUAUGUAUGCUAGAAUAUUCAGUGUAGAGUGUGUUUAGCCUCUUGAGUUUUAAUAUUUCAAAGCCUUUUUUUUUUUCAGGUCUGAAAUCUUUGCAUUGAAAUAUUUCACCAAGCACUUGACACACGGGCUGUUCUUCCUGAAUAGCAAAAGGGGAACUGGUGCUAACCAAUUUAUCUAGUGCAGAUUUCAACCCAAACCUUUUCACAAGGGAAAAGCAAUCGAGUGCAAAGUAGUAUUAUUUUUAUUAUUAUUUUAAUACAGAUUUUUAAUAUGUAGUUUAUGGCUUUGUUGAAAAUACAGUAGAUGUCGGUUAUUAGCAACCCUGAUAGACAACUUUCGGUUAUUUACAACAUUUUCCCAGGAACCAAUCCCAUCCCAUAGACUUUAAUGUGAAUGGAAUUCUGAUAUUAGCAACUGCACGCCGCUUAUUGACAACUUUAUUACUAGCUGCCAGUGCUACAGAGCACACUUGCAUGAUUUAUGUGCAUACUUCAUACAGCUUUUAUAACACACUGACUUCGCAACAUCGUAUUUAUGGUGGACUGAGGCAGAAUCGUGGCUUUGAAACUGGCUACGAAGCUGCACGCAAAAUUGAGAUGGAUUUACAGCCGGAGGUGGUACAUUGUAAAAAGCAGACAAUGUUGGACAAUUUCUUAUUUUAAAAUUGUGUUCUUUAGAAUUGAUUGUAAGUACAACACAUUUUUUUCAUGUUUGCUUCACUCAGUGUAAGGACAAUUGUAGUACAUCAUUGUGUAGUACUAUUUAAGCCAACUCCUUUUUUUGUUUUUUGGGUAUUUUGUGUUUCUCAUGUUCAUUUUUUAACACUAACAUUUUAAACACAUGUAUUCCAGUGCCAUAUUUGUACAACUACAGUAUAUAUAGUUGUUCUAUAUAAAUACACUUGAAAACAGGGUCUUUUCGCUUAUUGGCAACUUUCGGUUAAUGACAACUUUUUGCUGGGAACUGAGAGGUUGUUAAUAAGCGGCAUCUACUGUAUAUAUAUUUAUUUUCUGAUGCGUCCCCCUUAUUUAUUUUUGCAAGAAAAAUGUGCCAAUCUUUUUAGUAUUCCCAUAGUAUGUCAGAAGACCAUUCUAGGCAGUGUUGAUUUGUAGUCAAGUCACAGAGAGCAUUACUUUGUGUGGUUUCUCGUAUUUCCAAGCAUGGCAUGGUCAUUAUUUUCCAAAAGCUUAACAGAACAAUGUUAGAGCCAGUAUUACCAUCUCCAAUCACUACAGCCUUCAAGCAGUGUCAGGUGCAGCCUUCGAAGAUAUGCAACACAGUACUUUAAGGAAUGAAUAUUGGACUACUGCAGAGAUAAUACAGAGCUACCUCGGCUUUUUUAUGUAUAAAAUACAGCUGUUUAAUGGCUACCAACAGUAUUUGUUGUGUACUUUCUUCUACAGUUUACAUACUAAGAAGCUAAGGUACUGGAUCUCUCUCUCUCUCUCUCUCUCUCUCUCUCUCUCUCUCUCUCUCUCUCUCUCUCUCUCUCUCUCUCUCUCUCAUUACACACAGUACUGUGCAAAAGUUUUAGGCCAGGUGUGAAAAAAUGCUGUAAAGUAAGAAUGCUUUCAAAAAUAGACAUGUUAAUAGUUUAUAUUUAUCAGUUAACAAAAUGCAAAGUGAGUGAACAGAAGAAAAAUCUACAUAAAAUCAAUAUUUGGUAUGACCACCCUUUGCCUUCAAAACAGCAUCAAUUCUUCUAGGUACACUUGCACACAGUUUUUGAAGGAACUUGGCAGGUAGGUUGGCCCAAACAUCUUGGAGAACUAACCACAGUUCUUCUGUGGAUUUAGGCAGCCUCAGUUGCUUCUCUCUCUUCAUGUAAUCCCAGACAGACUCGAUGAUGUUGAGAUCAGGGCUCUGUGGGGGCCAUACCAUCACUUCCAGGACUCCUUGUUCUUCUUUACGCUGAAGAUAGUUCUUAAUGACUUUCGCUGUAUGUUUGGGGUCAUUGUCAUGCUGCAGAAUAAAUUUGGGGCCAAUCAGAUGCCUCCCUGAUGGUAUUGCAUGAUGGAUAAGUAUCUGCCUGUACUUCUCAGCAUUGAGGAGACCAUUAAUUCUGACCAAAUCCCCAACUCCAUUUGCAGAAAUGCAGCCCCAAACUUGCAAGGAACCUCCACCAUGCUUCACUGUUGCCUGCAGACACUCAUUCGUGUACCGCUGUCCAGCCCUUCGGCAAACAAACUGCCUUCUGCUACAGCCAGAUAUUUCAAAUUUUGACUCAUCAGUCCAGAGCACCUGCUGCCAUUUUUCUGCACCCCAGUUCCUGUGUUUUCGUGCAUAGUUGAGUCGCUUGGCCUUGUUUCCACGUCGGAGGUAUGGCUUUUUGGCCGCAAGUCUUCCAUGAAGGCCACUUCUGACCAGACUUCUCGGGACAGUAGAUGGGUGUACCAGGGUCCCACUGUUUUCUGCCAAUUCUGAGCUGAUGGCACUGCUGGACAUCUUCCGAUUGCGAAGGGAAGUAAGUGUGAUGCGUCUUUCAUCUGCUGCAGUAAGUUUCCUUGGCCGACCACUGCGUCUACGGUCCUCAACGUAGCCCGUUUCUUUGUGCUUCUUCAAAAGAGCUUGGACAGCACAUCUGGAAACCCGUCUGCCUUGAAAUUUCUGCCUGGGAGAGACCUUGCUGAUGCAGUAUAACUACCUUGUGUCUUGUUGCUGUGCUCAGUCUUGCCAUGGUGUAUGACUUUUGACAGUAAACUGUCUUCAGCAACCUCACCUUGUUAGCUGAGUUUGGCUGUUCCUCACCCAGUUUUAUUCCUCCUACACAGCUGUUUCUGUUUCAGUUAAUGAUUGUGUUUCAACCUACAUAUUGAAUUGAUGAUCAUUAGCACCUGUUUGGUAUAAUUGUUUAAUCAUACACCUGACUAUAUGCCUACAAAAUCCCUGACUUUGUGCAAGUGUACCUAGAAGAAUUGAUGCUGUUUUGAAGGCAAAGGGUGGUCACACCAAAUAUGGAUUUGAUGUAGAUUUUUCUUCUGUUCACUCACUUUGCAUUUAGUUAAUUGAUCAAUAUAAUCUAUAAACAUGUCUAUUUUUUCUUACUUUACAGCAUUUUUUCACACCUGCCUAAAACUUUUGCACAGUACUGUAUGUAUAUAUGUGUGUGUAUAUACAGUGCCUUGCAAAAGUAUUCAGACCCCUGACCAAUUAUUACUGAAUUACAAAUGGUAUAUUGAAAUUUCGUUCUGUUUGAUAUUUUAUUUUAAAACACUGAAACUCAAAAUCAAUUAUUGUAAGGUGACAUUGGUUUUAUGUUGGGAAAUAUUUUUAAGAAAAAUAAAAAACUGAAAUAUCUUGCUUGCAUAAGUAUUCAACCCCCACACAUUAAUAUUUGGUAGAGCCUCCUUUCGCUGCAAUAACAGCUUUAAGUCUUUUGGGGUAAGUAUGUACCAGCUUUGCACACAGUGUCGGAGUGAUUUUGGCCCAUUCUUCUUGGCAGUUUUGCUCCAGGUUGUUCAGGUUGGUUGGACGACACUUGUGGACCAUAAUUUUCAAAUAGUGCCACAGAUUCUCAAUGAGAUUGAGAUCAGGACUUUGACUGGGCCACUGUAGGACAUUCACCUUUUUGUUCUUGAGCCACUCCAAUGUUGCUUUGGCCAUGUGCUUGGGAUCAUUGUCCUGCUGAAAGGUGAAUUUCCUCCCACGCUUCAGUUUUUUAGCGGACUGAAGCAGGUUCUCUUGCAGUAUUUCCCUGUAUUUUGCUCCAUCCAUUCUUCCUUCAAUUUUAACAAGAUGCCCAGUCCCUGCUGAUGAGAAGCAUCCCCACAGCAUGAUGCUGCCACCACCAUAUUUCACUGUAGGGAUGGUGUGAGGCAUGGGCAGUAUUAGGUUUGCGUCACACAUAGCGCUACGAGUUUUGGCCAAAAAGCUCUAUCUUGGUCUCAUCUGACCACAAAACCUUUUCCCAAAUCGCAGCUAGUUCACUCUCAUGCUUUCUGGCAAACUCCAGACGUGCUUUCAGAUGGUAGUUUUUUGAGUAACUGCUUCUUUCUUGCCACCCUCCCAUACAGGCCAGUGUUAUGCUGAGCUCUUGAUAUGGUUGACUGGUGUGCCAUUACUCCACUCCCAGCCACUGAACUCUGUAGCUCCUUCAAAGUGAUUGUUGGCCUCUCUGUGGCUUCUCUCACAAGUCUCCUUGUUUGAGCGCUGAGUUUUGAGGGACGGCAUUUUCUUGGCUGUGCCUGGGUGGUGUGAUGCAGCUUCCACUUCCUGAUUAUUGAUCCAACUGUGCUCACUGGGAUAUCCACACACUUGGAUAUUAUUUUGUACCCUUUCCCUAAUCGAUGCAUUUGUAUUACUUUAUCUCUAACUUCUGUAGAAUGCUCUUUGGUCUUCAUUUUCCUUCAGAUUCACAGCCUGACCAAUGAUCCUUCAACAGUGGGGUUUUUAUCCAGAAAAUGUGACAGCAACUUUAAUGGUUCACAGGUGGAGGCCAAUGGUAAGGUAAUUGUGUCCUCGUUAGAGCAAUUUCUUUCAUCGGUGUAAACUGGGAGCUUCCACAGCACAGGGGUUGAAUACUUAUGCAAGCAAGAUAUUUCAGUUUUUUUUAUUUUUUUUAAAAAUAUUUCCCAACAUAAAACCAAUGUCACCUUACAAUAAUUGAUUUUGAGUUUCAGUGUUUUAAAAUAAAAUAUCAAACAGAACGAAAUUUCAGUGUACCAUUUGUAAUUCAAUAAUAUGAGAGAAUUGGUCAGGGGUCUGAAUACUUUUGCAAGGCACUGUAUGUAUGUAUGUGUGUAUAUGUAUAUAUAUAUAAAAAACACCCAGGCAUGCGUAUAUUUCAUGGGAACCACAUUGCCCGUCAUGGUUUAUACCUCUAAUCUAUCUCAAUCUAUCUUUCUAUCUAUUAAAAGUACACUUUAAUUUGUUUGGCAACUGCAGUAAUCUGAAACUCACCUUCACCUGAGCCUAGGAAAAAUCAGCUUCUUUUAUAUACAAAAAAAUGCCAUUUCCUGUGUUUUUAAAUGUUUAAAGUAGAAUUGUACUUUUGUUCUUUUGUGUAGAAGUAGGCUGGGUUUUGGCAGACUUUUAAAAUGAUUACCUUGGGAUUGAAUGUGGUGGGUUUUUUUUUCUUUAUAUAUAUAAUGGAUGGGUGUUUUUAUAGUAAUAUUCAUAAACUUAAACAGCCUUUUGUACUUCAGAAGUUUUGGGAAAUUGUUGAGCAUUAAGUUUUGUGCUGAACACAACAUAGCAACAUUUUGUAGCAAGUUUCUGAAAAAAUGGGUUUUACAGGUCUCAGGUUCUUGAUGCAUUUAUAAAAAAAAAUAUUCAGUUUGUAAAGUGAACACUUUUUUCAGAAGCAGUACUUCUUUAAAAUAACUGCAGCUUGACAAAAAAGUGUGUCUGAAAAGGGGGCUCUGUGACUGGUGGGUGAUUGAGAUGAAAAUGUAAAAUUAUUUUGUAAGUUAUAAGCAAGUUUGAAAUGCUGCUGAGAUACUGACCAUAUAUAUAUCCCAUGGCAGAAGUAACCAUUGAUCGUCUGAUACCUGCGUGUAAUGGUCUAGAAUGAUCCCAAAAAUGCAGCUUAACCUUUUAAAAUGUAUUAAAACAAUAUUCUUCAAGCCAAUCCAUUUAUCAUAAUUUUACCACUUUUGCUCCUGGUCAGAAAUGUUGCUGAAUAUGCUUUGGAGUCAAUGAGUCCUAAAGAAUAAUAUCCCAACAUGGUAUUAGUUUGUCAGCUAAAAAUCAAAAGGUCUUCAGAGAAUAAGUGGCUUCAUUGUCCAAUGUAUUACUGUAACUUUCUUUUGGUACGCACAUUGCAAUCAUUCAGAGUUCUGGUGCUCCAGAUGAAAGAGAUUAUCAAACAAAGCGGGCAGCCGGUUAACAUGCCACGACAGCAUUGAUUUUAUUCCCUGUACCCUGACGGUGCUUUUCAUUUUAGAAACACAUAUUUUGUACUUAUGUGCUUAUGGUAUCAGUCACUCCCCCUGAAAACUGUUUAGAAAAUAUACCACUCAGAAAGAUUGCAGGAAUCCAUCAAGUUAAAAGCUAUUGAUUUGUUAAGUGAAAAACUUCGAGAAACCUGUUCUGCUCUGUGUCCCGAGCCUUUCUUGUGACUCUGUAACUGAAGCCUGGUGCACAUGCCAAAUGAUUUGGCCUCAUCAUAACUGUGUGUCAGAAUUACUACAAGAUCUUCUGAUUUAUUGGCUACUUUAAAAAUAAAUAAAUGGUAUUGAUUAUUAUAGUUAACAACUAAGGUUGUUGGUGCAGUACCUUCCUCACCAGCCUAAAGGUCUGACAUUUUGCAGCAAUAUUGAUUCACUGUCCAGACACCAUAACUGCUGGGGUGUUGAUACAGGGUUUAUGCCUCUUCUGUGACCUAUAACUGCACAUUUUUGCUCAUUAGCAAUUGUGUUUAAUUCUCAGAUGCCAAUAUAAUUCUAAUAUGCUAGUUAUGUUUGAUUUUUGUGCCCUCCUCUUAAAAUAAAUAAAUGCUAACAUUGCAUACUGAAUGUCAGGUCACAAUGCUGAACCUGUACAAUUUGCAUAAUCACAAUGUAAGCUUGAAUUUGUUGGGAUUUUUCCCUUGUAUGUAUUUGUAUAUAUAUAUUUUUUAAAUGUAGCUUUGCAACAUUGACUGGCUUUCGUUUUCGCAGGUUUAUCCCAGAUUGUAUGUAACGUGACAUUUUAUUUUGUCAAUAUAGUACAAAUAAGUUAUUGUUUUUUUCUUUGAAAUUUGGAACACUUACUGUCAUUUUCAAGAAAACUGCGGUGAAAUACUUGAAUAAAGGUGAAAAAUUGAAUUGUU